AUGGACAUCCCCAGAGGAACAGAGCUGCUCGUCUGGUACAACGACUCCUACACCUCCUUCUUCGGCAUCCCUCUGCAGUGCAUCGCUCAAGAUGAGAACUUGAACGUCCCAGCGUCAGUGGUGGAGGCCAUGUCACGUCACGACUCUCUGCAGCCAUUCUCCAAAUCCUCCAAACCCUCGUCCUCCUCCUCGUCACCCGCCCUGCUCCUUCGCUCCAUGGUCUUCCCUCAGUCCCCCUCGCGGAGCUUCUCUCUCAUGGACAAAGUGGGCUCCGUGAUGCCCUCGGACUCGGGCUUCUCCGCUCUGGGCUCCAAGCACCAGCGCGUCCUGGCCAGUCCCACCUCCACCAGUCAGCUCAGCUCAGAGUUCAGCGACUGGCACCUGUGGAAGUGCGGCCAGUGCUUCAAGACCUUCACCCAGAGGAUCCUGCUGCAGAUGCACGUGUGUCCCCAGAACCCAGACAGAGCUCCAGGCGAUCGGGCUGCUGUGAUGGAUGCGUUCAGGGCCCUGUGUUUGGCUGGGACAUUAGCACCUCGUCUGUUUCGCACUUUGAUCGCAUCGUGGUUUGGUUUUGUUUACGGAGCGCGGUGGAUGUGUUUGAACGACGGUGGGGGUCCCGCGGAUCAGGCCCCAGCGUUGGCUCUCAGUCUGGACUCACUCUGGACUGACUUCUGA